CUUAUUUUGUUCAGUGAUCUCAGUUUUGAUAAUCAUAUUAAUGAGGUCACCAGAGCGCCUUUCCACAACUUAAAAACAUAUCAGAAGCUAGAAAAUUCCUAUUGCAAACUGAGAAAUGUGCGAAAGGGUUCAUAUCGAGCAGGUUGGACUACUGUAAUGCUCUAAUUGCAGGAUUAUCCAAAUUGUCAGUAGGUGGACUUCAUCUUCUUCAGAAUGCAGCAUACGUGGAAGUUUGAAAAUAUUACCCCAAUAUUGAAGUCACUGGAUUGAAGUUCUGGUUUCCAGUUCAACAGAGAACUGCCUUUUAAAGUCCUUCUAUUAGUUAAUGAAGCUCUCAGUGGUUUGGCCCCCAGUUCAUUUCUGGUGUACUCUGUGUCUGUAACCCUAUUAUAACUCUCAAGUCAUCAGAUGCAGCUCUUUUAACUUGUACCCUGGAAUUUUCAUUGUCAUUUUUUAAAUCCACUUAACACUGACCUAUAAAUCACUUAAGCCUUAAAUAGGCCCGUAACUCAAGGGAUGAGUCAGUGUUGUGUCUACACAUAACAGGCAUAUUAACAUAGAACCGAUCUGAAAUGUUUUAAGGAACUUUGUUACUAGCAGCCAGCUGCAAGAAAACCAACACAAAAGGAAUUUUCACAGAUAAAGUGUUUGAAUAGGAAAAGGUCCUGAUGCAGGAUCUGAGAGAUGCAUCUGGCCCUUCAGGUAUUUCAUAUACUUACUGUUUACUGAAGCCUCAUCAGAAAUAGUCAGUGGAAGGUUGUCAAGAAGCCAUUUUUUAGAACGAUGAACAAGGAGAAAAGCCUGACGUAUGAUAAAUUACACAAGAACUAUACUGAAAAUCGUCCCCAACAGGUCUAAUGGAGUGAUGAAUCCGAACUUGAAAUUUCAGCUUAAAAUUGUUUUCAAUAUGUCUGGGAGUCAGGAGUGAGGUAGAGAAGUUCAUCACUCCUUUACAGCCAUCUGUAAAACACAGCAGAGGCACCUUAAUGGUUUGGAGCUGCAUUUCACCCAGCCAAAAGUGACGGAAUUACGAACACAGAAAAGUAACAUAAAAUUUUGAUCCAUUGUGGAAUACCAUCUAAAAAGCAUGUGAUUGGCAACAACUUAAUUUUUCCACAUGCCAAUGAUCCCAAACACACUGCCGAUGCAGUAAAAGAUUACGUGGAAAUCUUAAAUGAAUUCUAAGAAUGCUGGUGUUCAAGUUUCAUCACGACCUUCAGUACAUGUAAUGUCAGGGAUGUUUUCCAAAGUCAACAAGUUGAGUUAGGCUGCUUUUCACAGCAAUACAGCUUCUUGGUAGAUUUUGAAUCCUCUAAUCUGUAUCAGCAUUUAACUGAUCACAUUUUUCCAUAAAGCCGGAAUUUUAUGUAUUACUGUGCAUUGUUCUGGCUAAAACCUUAAGGCAGACAUCCAGGCCACCCUUGUCCAUAUCAGUACUGCAGAAAUUCUGUAGUGUUAUAAUGUUAUUGUGCAGGAAUCUGCAUGUAAGGGGUUAGUGUUUACAUGGUGUCAAUUUCCUGUUUCUUGCACCACUUCUCUGGAGAUUCCAAAGAACUGAAACCCUGACACACAAUCCCACACUCAUAAACAAAGCCUUCCUUAAACGUUUCAUUUGAGUCAGCUUUAAAGGAAACCUGCAUAUCAGUUGAAGUGAGAAAUCUUCCUGCUGCUGUCCACUUUGGGCGAGAACUACACUGCUGUUUCAAAUUGAGUGAGGGAAUUCCAGUGAAACUUGGUUAUUUAAUUUCCACACUGCCUGCUCUCACAACAUGGAUCUUAUCUUCGUCUUCCCACUGAUACUUGCACUGAUUUCCUGUGGACAGAGUCACACUGAGGGGACUGAACAAACUAAUGGUUCAUGUUACAACUUGUGCCCAGCUGGAUAUCAUAAAGUUGGUAACUGUGAUGAUCAAGUUAAAAAGUACAAAUGCAAGAAAUGUGAGGUUGGCUUCUACACAGACAUAGAAAACUACAGAGAGAAAUGCCUUAGGUGUGACUUAUGUAAUCGUUGUCAUAAAGGUGGUACCUGUGACGAGCCAAUUGAAAAGUACAGAUUCAAAAGAUGUGGCAAAAGAUGGCACCUACAUGGAAAUGAAAAACCAUAUGGGGAAAUGUCAAGUGUGAGUCAUGUGUUUGUCUUUCCACUGAUACUUGCACUGACUUCCUGUGGACAGAGUCACACUGAGGGGAUCGAACAAACUGAUGGUUCAUGUUACAAUUUGUGCCCAGCUGGAUAUCAUAAAGUUGGUAACUGUGAUGAUCAAGUUAAAAAGUACAAAUGCAAGAAAUGUGAGGAUGGCUUCUACACAGACAUAGAAAACUACAGAGAGAAAUGCCUUAGGUGUGAACAGUGUAAUCAUGAUGAGGUGGUAAUAGAGCCCUGCAUCUUUAACAGGAGCAUAGUGUGUGGCUGCAAAGAGGGAUACUACAAUUCAGGAUCUGAUUCACUGCAAUGUUCAAAAUGUUCCUGCGAGCACUGCCCACACAAUGCUGACUACAAAGCGAAGUGCUCACCCCCCUCGAGUUAUAGGCAAAAGCCUACUACAGCUUCGACAAAUCCAUCUACAACUCGAAUUGUGUCUUCAACCACAGUGGCAAACAAAAGAUUGAUGCCUACAACUGUUACACCAGCUUCAACUUCAACUCCCGACCCAAACAAACCUCUAGUUUCAACAUCCAAGGCUACCACGAAAACAUCAAAUCCUCAUAUAACAGAGAUUCCACGUAACCCGGGGAGUGCAGGAAUUUUUCUCGCAGUGAUUAGCUUUCUGUUGCUCUCAUGGUUCCUGCUGAUCUGCACCAUGAAGAUAUUCAAACACAAAGACAGUUUUUGCUGGAGAAGGAGGAAAGAGGCUGAAGUCUCCCAGAACGAACAACCCAGUCAUCAAGGCAGUAACCCGACCACGCUGACGCUUACAGUAUCUGAGGAAACUCCCAUGUUGACUCUCAAUCAGAGUCCAGCCAUAUCAGAACAUCCAACCCACAUCAACCCUCUCGUGCCAGUCAAUGGCCAGUUAGUUGCCAGACAACAUGACCACGCAGAUCGCUGGCCGGCCAUCGUCCUCUACGCGAUCAUCAAGGAGGUGCCCUUGCAUAGGUGGAAGGAGUUCUUGCGUCUGCUUAAGGUGACUGACCAGCAGAUGGUGCGAGUCGAGAUGGAGACUGGUUUCAGUCUCGGCUCCAUGGAGAAGCAGUACCAGAUGCUGAGGCUGUGGAGCCAGCACUCUUCCUCCAAACUCAGUGAUAUUUUCUCAGCCUUACACUACAUGGAAUUAUCCGGCUGUGCACAGCUGCUCCAGGAAAGCCUGGAACAGCUGCAGUGGACGCCUGACCACAGACAGGCGCUCACAGCCAUUUGAAUGGAGCAGUGCGGGACAACUGAGGCUGUACCUGGCGGCACAAGAGUAAUGCUAUCUAUAACACGACUGGAAACAUAAAUUAUUCAGCCAUGGACACUGGUGUGAAAGACUAGACACUCGCUGGAAAGGACAUUACGAUCUGUAGCCAUAUAGUACAACCCUAGAAACCUGGAACAAUGUCGUAAAUAUCCCGUACUGAGUAAUGCAGACGUAGAUUAAAGCCAAAUAAAAACAUCUGAUAAGCUGGCAUGAAAAAAAUGGACCCUUGUUUCAUGUUAACACAGAAACCUAAAAUGUUGAAUGUAAACAUAUGAAAUAAUGGAUUUGUAGCUGUGGAAAAUGCAGUUUUGAACAUCAGUUUCCUUCCUCAAGAGCAUCGUUAGCAUUUUUAGGAACCACAUAACACCUCUUAACACACUCGUAAUAUUCUUGUAGCCUACAGUAGGUGGAGACAGUAAAUAAAUAAAAAAAUAUUAAGGGAUGUCCCCUUCCCGUAACUAAUGGCUGCUGCCAAAAAGUAGUUUAGAACAAUCUAACCUCCAGUUUUUUGUGUGGUGCCUCUUAAAUGCCAACAAUGGAGGCUGCGGUUUUACAGCAGUACUGCAAUGUACAUGCAUAACCGGGAGGUGUAUGUGCUUAAAGGGUAAGCAAGGAAGUUGCACUUCCUUAGUGUAGUGUACGUGAUUGUUUUACCUCCACGAGUCUGUGCUUGAGAUUUCUCUUUUUUUUUUUCCUUUUGACUUGUCACAGGACAGACUUUUUCAGUUUGAAUCUUUAAACUGUGCGUGUGCGUGAUCACUCCGUGCACAUCUGGGAUGUUUGUGCAGCACAGCUGCAGACGUCUCCCUCGUUUGGUAUAACAACUCAGCCACUGAUUGUUAUUGUGCACCCUCGCAAAGGAAGAAAACUGAAAUCCCCAAAGGACGUCAGUUUUUCAGUUUCCUGCAACUAAAUGGUGUCAGUGUUCAGCAUGCUGGGUUUUUCCUCACCACACAUAUUCCAUUUGAACGGAUGGUUCUCACUUGUGGUGUUUGGGUAUCUCACUUUGAGAGUUUUUGUGUGUGUGUGUGUGUGUGUGUGUGUGUGUGUGUGUGUGUGUGUGUGUGUAUGUGUGUGUGUCAUUAUACUUCAUUGACAGUAAAGGUCUUGGAUUUUCCAGUUUAAGAUGUUUAUUUAAGAAAGUUUUAAUGGGAAUUUAGGUCACUGUCCCUGAGAUAUAAAUAUUUGUAUAUGUUUUACAGGUUAAAGUAUUAUUGUUUUUUUUAUUUAUGAUCCAUUUGUAUGAAUAGUUGUGUGGUGCAGAAUAAACUGAAAGUGAAAAUCUU